AUGUUCGCCCUCAUCCUAGCAUCAGUGCUCAUCGCUAGCGCUUUGGGGUGUGGAAAACCACCCAUUGAGCCUCUCAACUCUCGUGUGGUCAAUGGAGAGGAAGCCAGGCCCCACAGCUGGCCCUGGCAGAUCUCUCUGCAGUAUCAGAGCGGUAGCUUAUGGUAUCACACUUGUGGAGGAUCUAUCAUUGCUGAAAACUGGGUGAUGACUGCUGCUCACUGCAUCAGUUCUGGGCGCAACUACAGGGUGCAUGUUGGUAAGCAUGACCUGUCAGUAUAUGAGGACGACUCAAAGACCAUCAGUGCACAGAAGAUCAUUGUGCAUGAGAAAUGGAACUCCUUGUUUGUGGCUCUUGGGUACUCUGUCGGUGUCUGGGAGGUGCAUGGUAUUGCCAGCUUCGUCUCUGGUUUGGGCUGCAACACUGUGAAGAAGCCAACUGUUUUCACCCGUGUGUCCGCUUUCAAUGACUGGAUCGACAAGGUCAUGAUGAACAAUUAAGAUGAACCAAGGAUGCCAACCUUUUUUUAACACCAGAAAACCAAC